ACUAUGAUCAACAUAAGAGCUUUCGUUUUCUUCCAAAUGUCGGAAUCUAUGAAUCUUUACCUGGCACGUAAGCCAUACUAUUAUAUUAUCUCCGUUGGUAAAUCUUUCCACCUGGGGCGAGCAUGGCAAAUUCUCAACUCCCAGCUACCUUCUGUGUCUUGCAGAGAAGCUUUGUAAUGACACCGAGGUGUCUCUCUGCAACCCAACGUCCGACUCAAGAAGAAACAAUGGUGGCAAAGUAGAAGCACGCAUUUUGUUUUAGGUGAGAAGAAGAUUCUGUAAUUCGUGAUACCGCAGACUUACUGUUCGUUUCAACUCUGUUCAGACGAGUUGCGCUAGUUGACUUGUUUUGAGGGGCUCAUUCCUUGGAGAUGAUUCUUUUGCUAGGUGCUUGCUUCCUUCUUCUCAUCACCACCAUCUUCGCAAUUCGCUUCUCUCCCAGCUCCAAUCUUCCUCCAGGCAAUCUCGGAUGGCCGAUCGUCGGGGAGACCCUCCAGUUCCUGGCCCUGUUUAGAAAGAACAAGGCAUACAGCUUCUUCCACGAGCGCAUGGCCAAGCAUGGGGGAGUGUUCAAGACGAGCCUGCUCGGCUCCCCCACCAUCGUCAUGCCCGGCCCAGACGGGAAUAAGUUCCUCUUCUCCCAAGAGAACAAGCUCGUUGUAGGAUGCUGGCCUCCUUCCACUGCUAGCUUGCUCGGCCCGUGCUCGCUAGCAGUCCAGACUGGCCAAGAACACCGGCGACUACGGGAAGUGUUCAUGACGUUCCUCAGCAGCCAAGCCCUCGGAAGAUAUCUUCCAAAGCUCUGCUUGCUUGCACAGAGUUUCCUCCAGUCGAAGUGGAAUGAAGAGGCCGUCGUCACUGUAGCACCGCUGGUCCAGAGCUUCGUAUUCUCGGCUGCCUGUAAUCUGUUCCUGAGCAUGGACAAGGAGUCAGACCAAGAGCUCCUCCUGGUUCCGUUCUACAAGUUUGUGAAAGGAAUGAUGUCUCUGCCAGUGCAUUUCCCAGGGACCCGUUACUACGAGGCGUUGAAAAGCCGGGAGGCAAUACUUCGGCUACUGGAUCCGGUCAUUUCCGCCAGAAAGAAAGAGCUGCUUGCGAAUCCCACAGACGACCGGGACAUGCUAUCGGUUCUCCUCACAACCUGUGACGAAGAUGGGAAACUUAUAUCAGAGAACGAGAUAGAAGACAACGUACUAUUGAUGCUGUUUGCCGGACAUGAGACGGUCUUUCGCGCUCUCACGAUCACCAUGAAGAUGCUAACUGACAACCCACACUGGAAAGAGGAGCUCUAUCAAGAGCAUUUGGAGAUCAGAGCAUCUAAAAGCAAACCCGAUUACGUACUGGAAUGGAAUGACCUGAGGAAAAUGAAGUUGACAUGGUGCUCGGUACAGGAGUCCAUGAGGUUGUAUCCGCCGUCUCCAGGUGCUACAAGAAAAGCCACACAAGAAUUUGAGUACGCUGGAUAUCGUAUUCCAGAGGGAUAUAAACUCAUGUGGUCUGUUAACACUUCCCGGAUGAAAGACGAGUUCUUUCCGGAACCUCAAAAGUUUGAUCCUCUCAGGUUUCAAGGCAAUGGCCCAGCUCCUUACGUCUUCACACCGUUUGGAGGAGGGCCUCGGACGUGCCCUGGAAAUGAAUUUGCAAAGAUGGAGAUGCUCGUUUUCUUGCAUUACCUGCUGCUAAGCCACGACUGGAAGCCUGUGAUCACAAAUGAAGGUAUUAUAGUGGAAACAGCGCCUCUGCCGGCCCAUGGUUUGCCUGUGAAGCUCAGCAAGAGAUGAUCGUCAGAAUCUAUCCAUGGAACUUUACCUGA